AGGAUAAUUAAAAACAUACUGAGUCAGUGUUUUGAUACAAAUUUUUCUUUUUACAACCUUGUCGCCAGAGAAAAUGUGACAGCAGAACGAUGAAACUGCACUGGAUGUAACAGCAGUUUCCUCUGCGGUUAAUCCAGAAAUCUUAUACAGGGACUUCGUUUAGCACAUGUGCUCACAAAUCGAGCUCCUCUGUGACUCAUGAGCUUCUGAGUUCCUGAAGGCCUGAUCAUCAUGGACAAAAGAGCUGGAGAAGAUGUUGGAAAUACUGUAUAUUGUUCCACUGAAUGUUGUAUUAUGGAAACAGACUCCACAGGGAGCAGAGACCCCAUCGAUCAGAUUGACCUUAUCUUGUUUACAAAGAUAACUGAACAGACUGCUACGUGGAAAGAAAGACUCAUGAGUUGGCCGUGUGGAUUUCAGAGACGUUAUGGAUUUGACUAAAAUGGGUAUGAUCCAGCUCCAGAACCCCAAUCACCCCAAUGCCCUGCUGCACAAGGCUAAUCAGAUGCGCCUGGCUGGCACACUGUGCGACGUGGUCAUCAUGGUGGACAGCCAGGAGUUCCACGCUCACCGGACUGUGCUGGCCUGCACCAGUAAGAUGUUCGAGAUCCUCUUUCACCGGAACAGCCAACAUUACACUCUCGACUUUCUCUCACCAAAGACCUUCCAGCAGAUUCUGGAGUAUGCCUACACUGCCACGCUCCAAGCUAAAGUGGAGGAUCUGGAUGACCUGCUGUACGCAGCAGAGAUCUUAGAAAUAGAGUACUUGGAGGAGCAAUGCCUGAAGAUACUGGAGACGAUCCAGUCCUCAGAUGAAAACGACGCUGAGGUCAACAUGAAUGAUGGAGGCGCGGAAGACGACGAGGAGCGCAAGGGACGGCAUGGCAGGAACCCGAAAAAGCAUUCCGCGGAGGAGGGUGGCUACGUGUUGGCUGCCCAGCAAGCACUGACGCUGCCAGGAAUGGUGGAUCAGAGUCCUUCUGUCUCCACGUCCUUCGGCCUCUCCACCAUGAGCCCAACCAAAGCAGCCGUGGACAGCCUGAUGAGCAUUGGCCAGUCCCUCCUGCAGAGCACCAUGCACCCCGGUGUGGGUGCCGAACAGCCCCUGCAUGGCAACUCCCACCCCAUGAUGGGAGAGAUCAAGACGGAGAUGAUGCAAGUAGAUGAGAGCGGAGAACACGAGAGCCCUAAAGCCAUGGAAUCCAGCGCCUCCAGCAACGGCGAGCGCAGUGGAGAACCUGACAAGAACCGUGAUGGGCCCGGCACCCCUACCAGGAGCAGCGUGAUUACCAGUGCUCGUGAACUGCACUAUGUCAGGGAGGAAGGUGUGGGCGACCAGCAGGCGGAGGUCAACCAGAUGGGCCUGGAGGCCAUGGCAGGGAUGACCGAAAAGCACUUGGCGUCACUCUAUGGCAUUCCUCCCAACCACAAGAACGAAGCAAUGCUCUCUAUGCCCGCCUCCAUGGCCUCAUCCUUGCACAUGUCCCCAGCCUUGGCCAUGUCCAUGGACUUCAGUGCCUACGGGGGCUUGCUGCCUCAGAGCUUCAUCCAGAGGGAGUUCUUCAACAAGCUCGGUGAAUUAGCUGCUGGGAUGAAGCCCGACGGCCGCAGCCCGAACGAGCGCUGCAACGUGUGUGGCGCCGAACUGCCUGACAAUGAGGCUGUAGAGCAACACAGGAAGCUGCACAGCGGAAUUAAGACCUACGGAUGCGAGCUUUGUGGAAAACGCUUCCUAGACAGUCUGCGCCUAAGGAUGCACUUGCUGUCUCACUCAGCUGGUGAGAAAGCCAUCGUUUGUGACCAGUGUGGAGCUCAGUUUCAGAAGGAAGAUGCUCUAGAGGCCCACCGGCAGAUCCACACAGGAUCAGAUAUGGCCAUCUUCUGUUUGCUGUGCGGGAAGCGCUUCCAGACGCAGACGGCUCUGCAGCAGCACAUGGAGGUCCAUGCAGGCGUGCGCAGCUACAUCUGCAGCGAGUGCAACCGCACAUUUCCCAGCCACACCGCACUCAAGCGCCAUCUCCGUUCGCAUACAGCAGGUGACCAUCCAUUCGAGUGCGAGUUCUGCGGCAGCUGUUUCCGAGACGAGAGCACGCUGAAGGGACACAAGCGUAUCCACACCGGAGAGAAACCCUAUGAAUGUAACGGCUGCGGCAAGAAGUUCAGCCUCAAACACCAGCUAGAGACCCACUACCGUGUCCAUACAGGUGAGAAGCCGUUUGAGUGCAAGCUCUGCCACCAGCGCUCCAGGGACUACUCGGCCAUGAUCAAACACCUGCGUACCCACAACGGAGCCUCACCGUACCAGUGCACCAUCUGCCUGGAAUACUGCCCCAGCCUCUCCGCCAUGCAGAAGCACAUGAAGGGCCACAAGCCCGAAGACAUCCCCCCGGACUGGAGGAUAGAGAAGACUUACCUGUACCUCUGCUACGUCUGAAGGAGGGAGACGGUGGGGAGGGAGGGGAGCGGGAGCGCGAGGGGUUAAAGCGCCUGGAAACACAGUCAGGAAAUGGACGGAUUUGUCAGAGGGGCUGAGCAAGGCGGACAGGAACUAUAAAGGCAGAAAUCUUACCCCAUCAGUAUCGCAAAACAUAAAAAAAAAAAAAGCAUCAUGUUAUUGCCGUAUAUCCGUUCGCAGCACGGAUCAUAUGGGAAGUCCACUCUCUACAUGUCAGCUUACGUCCCAAACGUUAAAAAUGUCUUAUCAGUCAAACGACACACACUUCAACAACGAUUCCUCCUCUUCAUAAGGAUGCCCUCUUCUGGUACAAAAAUAGUAGUGUGAACCAGACACAGUGUUUAUCUCUCGGAGAUGUCGGUGCAGGAAGCACUUAGACCUGUCUGCGGUAACGUGCCAGUCAGGUACUCCACAGCAAAUAUGAACAGUCAUGUUCAUCAGGGUCAUUACUGCAAACUGGGACGUAAGCUUCCUGCAAAACGUGUUCACGAUGCCCGGCUGACAGUCAGCGUGUAGAUCCCUCCCAUAUGAUUCACAUUCAUUAAGGGCUUAUUGGUUUAACCAGCGUACAAAUCAGCUAAGCUCUCAGUACUCUGCUCAUCAAUGUCAUUUCACCUUUUUUUUUUUUUUUCGGCAUAGCUCGUAUUACAUGCUGACUUCACGACGACAGUUUUUGUUUGAUGUUGACUUCUCAAGCGCCACAUUUCAAGUUUAUUUUAAGCAGAAUAACACGCACUACAUGUUCACGUUAUCUCCUCCUUCGCUUAUCAAGUCUGAAAUCGCUUAACCGUUCAAAACGAGUAACUUGGCAAUACAUACAGAACAUCCAUUACACACUAGACAUCUAAUCAACUGUUUAUGCUGUUGUUAUAGAGACCAAAAUGAUGACUAAAGCUGCUUUUGUCAGUGGCUUGCAGACUGAGCGGCACUGUGACGUACAGGGCUCGUCCGCACAUAUCCGUGUGUUCGUAGGUGGUCACGAGGCUUGGCCUGUCCAGCCGGGAACGCUGGGAUGAAUGAACAGAGCAGAUCAACUCAACUCUUUUGGUUUGGUUCCUUUCGCUUUGUUUGUGUUUCCUAUUAUACCUUGAUUUACUUCAGCACAUCGUACUUGAAUUACCUCGUUUUUUGUGACCUCAUGUGCUAGUGUUUUAAUUUUUCCUUUGUUUCUUUGUAUAUUUGAUUGUUUGCUUUGCUAGCAGGAGCGGCGUGUGCUUUUAAGUACUUAAGAAAUUAAGUGCCAUGGCGAAGAGAGAUUAUUUGUCUUUCGUUCGACGUUUGUUUAGUUUUUCUUUUCAUUAAUCUUACCAAACUUGGUAUUAUGUUUUUUUGUUUGUUUGUUUGUUUUACUAACCCUGCUUGUUGAAGAGCUUGUGGGUUUGGUCGUUUUUUUUUUUGUAAGCUACCUCUAAGUUUUGUUUCUUUUUGUUGUGUUUCGUUUGCAAAAGCACAUUGUUGUGUUUUGCAUUAUUGCAACUUCAUCUCACGCUUUCAAGUGUUGUACGUCGGAAGCGACAAAUAUGAAAGGGUAAGAUUUGCUUAUAGGAAAAGUGGAUUGAAAAAAAUAAUCAGAACCCCCACCCCUGUAAAUGUUACCUUAAGAGCGGAAAAGAGAUUUCUGAAGCCUUAAGUUCGGGGUCGGAGUUGAUCUGGGAGGUGCGUAUGGAACAAGUGAAGUGUAGUACUUUAAAGUCUGAAAAAAACAAAACAAACAAAACGUUAAACUUGAAAAUAUGUGAAUAGAAUUGUAGUUUUGUAAUGUGAAAAAAGAAGGUUCACAGAGCGUGAGCCACCAAGAACAGGUCAUAUGCAGCAGUGCAUUGUGCGUUGGACAAUUGGGACUGCAAGUGGUAAUCAAAGACGAAAGGAAGAAAAAAAAAAAAAACUAAAAUCCUGUCAGUUGACAUGUUUCUUUGUAUGAGUGUAGUCCUGAGCAAGAGCCAACAGAGGCCAUUUGAUAUAUAAAAUUGUGAUAUUUUUGUAUUAAGUGUCAGUCCCUUUUUCCAUUUGUUGAGGUUGCAGCGGGGCAAAACUUUGUAGUUCUUUUUUUAUAUCAUUAUUCUCUCGUUUGAAUCGUUUGCCUUGCUCCUCUUCGGUAAUGUUGGACAGUGCGUGAUCCUAUAGUGGUAAAUGUUGCUUUCUGGAUGUCAAUACAUUGCAGGUGAAGGACUAAAUCAGCCACAUUCUCCUUUGUGAAAAUAACAACAAACAAACAAAUUAAAAAAAUGUGAUGCCAAUGAUCAAUUCCAUUGCACACGAUAUCUCAAACAAAACAAUCAAUGUUGCCAACGUUUUGUUUUUUACUUGAAGUGACUAAAAAAGAAGGGAUGGGAAGACGCGUCAAAGGAAACGUAAUUGUCGUGUGUCUUGCCGUUGUUUUCUGGAAAACACUGUGAGUUUGGGCAUACUUGCCCCCUGUGAGAAUUUAAAAACUAGUAGCUCCAUGAAAAAAAAAGAAAAAAAAAAGGCAGAAAUAUAUAUUUUGUUCUGUAAAUGGAUAAUGUCGACUGAUGUUAAAUGGGUAAAACAGAGUUUUGCAAUAUGUGGCAACAAUACGAGAUAUUAAGUCACAUGUUAGUGUACCUUUUUGAUUUUGUACUUUGCUUUGAGUGUUUUCACAUUGUGUGUGUGUGUGUUUGAGAACGAAUGCGAGUGUGUGAGUGUGUGCGCGUGUGUGAGAGCACAUUAGUGUCGAAUGCACUAAUCUGAAAGUCAUAUUCUAUGCCACUUUUCUCUCACCAUGAUUAAAAAAUAUUGGCAUUGAUAUAGUUCUUCCCUCAAUGUUCUUCUGAUGUUUCUGUAAUAUCUUUGUGCCUAAAUGAAAUUGUUCAACAAAUUGUCCACAUAUAUCUGCUUAGUUUCUGUAUUUUCAAGAAAAUUAUUGGUGUCUUCAGGGCUCCAGGGGUGCCAUGAUGAUCUCGGAUCGAUUCACUUGAGACGAUUUUUGUUAUGUGAUGAUCAUUUGGUCUAUUUUCAGUGGUUCCACUGGUGACCGAUCAGUAUUGUAGUGUUUUAUACACAGUUCGAAAAAGAUAAGCCAAACAUUCCUUGGAUCGGAAUACGAGCAUUUUUUCACAAUGAAUAUCCUGCUUUGAGGGGAGGGGGGGAAAUAAUGUUUGAGAAUCAAACUUGCUUUCGUUUCUUUCUUUCUUUCUUUCUUUCUUUUGCCUCAGCAACAGGUUUGCUGAUUAAACUUUUCAACAACGUCCCUUUAACAUUCGGCAUUUGUACUGCCCCUAUUAGACAUGUUUAUUUGUUGUUUAAAGUACUUAUGUUAAAGCCACGCGUCGUCAUUGCAUCCCUGGAGUUGGCUCACUGUGUUCCAGUGUGGUGUUCUAGAAAGAGUAGCCAUUUCAUGCUGUGUUGCCAUGCAUGUGCCAUUGAGGUCAAAACUAAACUGUUUGAGUAACAAAGCACCAAGACGUUGUCUUUUUUUUAUAUUAGCACUGAGGACCAAUUGCCCUGUCGGACCAAGCAUAACAAAGCUUUUUAUGUAACAAAGCAGUUUCUCUCUUCCCCCUCUCCUUCUGUGGCUUGUCUGUAUUUUUUUCCUCCCUUGUGACAGCACAAGUGCCAGUCCUGUUGCUCUUUAAGAAUAUAGUGUUUUGUUUCUGGGGUUUUUAUUUUUGUUUGUUCUAUUAUUAUUAUUUGAAUUGUUAUAGUUACGUCUACCUCAGCACCUAAUCUUAGCCUAAUCUUAGAAGGUGCCCAAUUUUUUUUUUUUUCAGUUUGUUGUCAAUUGUACAAAUUUUAAUUUGCAUUAGAGCUUUGCAACGGUCCUUUGUCUUUUCCAGCAACAUGCUAUUUUUUGUAGCACUACUUUCUGGAUGUUGUGCUACAGACAUUGGCAUCAGUUUCCUGAUGUAGUCUUUCUUUCGGUGUAGGAUCAGACACAUCUCUUUGUAACAUUUCAGUGUUCUCUGAUGGAGUGUGAAAAAAAUAAAGAAUUUAAAGAGAUCGAAUGCUGCAGGUUUUCUUCUCAGUGUUGUCACCAAGUAAAUUUUGUGCCUUUAAUAGUGAAAGAUAUUUUUUACAUCCUACUAACAGUAGAUUGUUUUUGUAGUGUUGUUUUGUUUGUUUUUUAUUUAUGAGUCUCAAAAUAACAAUGUUCAGUUGUAUUCCUUAAAUCUGCAGUUAGAAAAAAAAAUAAAAAAUGGACUUAA